GUAAUCAGACACCUGUGGUUCCUGGCUCUGCAGGUCCCCUCCCAGCAUGGGAGGGACCUGAGGGGAGGUGACUGGGUAAACCAGUGAAACUCUUUUUUUUUCUUCUCCUUUUACAACCUGAGGUGUCAUUCUCACACAGCGGCACACAAGGCUAUCCUGUAAGCUUAGUCAGACACGCACAGGAGGACUCAGACUACAAGCCUCUUGGAUUCCAGACUGUACACCGGCAAACAGAGAAGUAUAACCCAUAUCUUCAUGGAUAAUACCGCUCAGCGUGUCAGAGCAGUUGGAAAUGCUUUUGUGAAAGGCAGGUGAACUCUGUUCUCCUGCUGUCCCAGGGAGAUUACAGCAACAACAUGCUUCCAGCCACUGAACAGCUUGACUUCACUUGCAGUAUCAUGGGAAUUCCGCUCGCAGGGAGGAGACUAAACUUUACCACUGACAACAAACCGUCAGUAGUAUUCUUGUGAUGUUAUGGAAGUAUGGUGUAUCACUGAACAGAAUUACAGGAUAGUUUCGUUGUAGCUGGUUUUCUCUCGGAUAAGGAAAGAGGAGCUUGGGAGAUCUGUCCGUACAAAAGCCUUUUGUUGCCUGCCUAUGGUGGAGGUGGAAUACGAGCAGCUUGGGAUAGCUGACGUGCGGAGAUGAACUCUUUUGUGACAUUUUCAAUGAAAACUGCGCUUGGAUUGCUACCUGUUCGGGUUUGCCUCUUCUUGCUCUCGGUUGGAGUGACACUUUGAACAAAAAUGGAUGGUUUAAGCAGUAACCCGGACGAACAGGGGAAGCAGUUCACCACCUCCCUGGUGAAUGCCUUCAGCAAAGUAUUCACUCGUGAUUGGAAUGACUCUUCAGACGUGAAGUCGGCCGUGCUGACGUCUUUCAAGGAACUGCCAGAUGGAGAGACACCUGUAGCUGACCUCAGUCAAACUGCUGACAGUGAGUUAAAGCUCCAAGGAAGAGGCGACGCAGCUGUUUCCGGUGAUACAAAGCAAAAUGUUGAAUCAUUAGUUGAAGACUCUGACAAAAAAGCAGCCUCAGUUGACCCAGACCUGGUCCUGGUCAGAAGGGUAGAAACAUACAGUGACACAGAAAAUGAUGACGAGGAGGAGGUGGCCCACAGCAGCAACAGUCUGUCAAAGGACCUUGCGAGGACCAAAGAGUCUACCCUACCUGAAGAGGACAAUGACACAGUGAACAAUGAGGAUGGAGAGGGGCUCGAGGUUGCCAAUGAAUCGGAGUACCAAAUGCCUGUGUUUAGAACACACAAAUUUACAGAGAGAUCCCGCGUAGAAGCUAUUUUAUAUUCUGAUAAAUUUGUCAGAAGGAAAGCUCUGGCUUUCAAACCGGAAGAUUGCUUCACUCCCAGGGAGAGUACUCCCACGGUGUCUGUGAUUGUGGAAACGCUUGCUCCUGGAGAGAAUAAUAUGUGGGAUGUAGGAACGGAGGAGAGCGAUGAGUAUGCUGGUAUAGACUGUUCUCAGCCUGUUCCUUCCAUCAUCUCCGGGCAUCUGGCUUCGGAGCCUACGGGCCAUAGCGCUAAUGUGACCUCACCAUUACAGCAGACAGACAAUACCCAGAAGGAAGAGGAGACAAGUGAGCAAAACGCUGAGGCCGACAAGGAGCCUGAGGAGCCUCACUCCGUCCAGACGUCUUCUCUUGUUCCCUCCAGUCCAAAGACUCCUGAAAAAGAGGCAUUAGACACUAGUGGUUUGUCACCUCAGAAACCCUCCUUAUCGUCAUCUGCACCUCAGGAGUCCACAGGUGACAACAAGCCACAUGCCACACAGCACACAACCUCUCCAAAGACACCAGAAACAACAACAACAACACCAACAACACCAGUUUCAUCCAUUGUCACCCCACCUACCCCGCCUACAUCGUCCACUUCAUCCACUUCCAGAGACCCUGCGUUCUCUUCGGCUCCAUCCUUCCAGAUGCCGGCUCUGUUCAGCGGCUUGCGGGUUCUGAAGAAAGGGGCGGUGAGGGAAGACAGGGUGGUGGUGUCAGAGAUCAAGCAGAGCGAAAAGGAUGCCGACCUGGCCCUGCUCAGCCUCAAGAAGACUGUGAACAAAGCCAAGCUCCUUCCCGAGCAGAAAACACCCUCUUCAGUCAAAAAACACGCUCAGCCCAAACCAGUAGCAGAAACGAAAAGCGGCGUAAUGGGACAGCUCAACCAGCUGCUCAACCUAGACAGCCACGACGACGUCAAGAAGUCCGACAAUUUGCAAGUGGCUGAUCCUGCGCCUGGCAAAAAAGUGUCUGACAGCGGGGAAGCCGCUGGAGAGAAGACCCCAGGCGCAGAAACUCCCACAUCCACGCCGGAAAAAAAGAAAACCUCCGACCUGGCAUAUGAAACAUUCAAGAACAUUUUUGGCCCCAAGGUUGUCAAAAAGGACAAUACAGAAAGUGUGGAUGUAGAGGCAGUGAGAAAGAAAAUCAAGAACGACAAAGAAAGCCUGAGGUCCAUUUUUGAGAGAACCUCAAAAUAUGGUACCAAGGAAGUUAAGACUCCCACAGAGACUAUCACCGAGACCACGUCUCCUACAGACAGCGAGGACCGGACCCCUGGGCGUCUGCAGGCCGUGUGGCCCCCGCCCAAACCUAAGGAUGAGGAAGAGAAGGUGGGACUCAAGUACACAGAGGCAGAGCAUCAGGCUGCACUCCUGCAGCUCAAGAGAGAGUGCAAGGAAGAUCUGGAGAGGAUGCAUUCUGACUUUGAGCUUCAGAUCUUCCAGCUGCGAGGUGAGCAUGCAGUCUCAAUAUCACAGCUGGAGGGAGUCAUUGCGAAGAUGCAAAGAGACAAGUGGUACAAGGUGGGCCAGGACUGUGAGCUCCGGGAUGUUGCCGUGUCCACUGCGGAGGACCCACCACCGAAAACCUGCCGCACCGUGGGCAUCCAGACAGACAGGGAGACCUUCAUUAAGAGCCCCGAGGGUGAUGGUGGUGGCAUCGCUCAAAGCCCCACCCAGAACCUGCCUAAGAAACUCAACUUGGACUCUAUCGGACUGAAUCUAAAAGCUGAAAGUUCUUCGGGGACUCCUGGACCACCCCCGCCUCCUCCACCUCCUCCUCCUCCUCCGCCUCCCCCACCUCCACCGCCAGGCCUUUCAGGAGCACCACCACCGCCACCCCCUCCUCCCCCACCUCCCCCUCUUCCAGGCAGCACUGGAGCGCCGCCGCCACCACCUCCGCCUCCUCCUCUGCCUGGAGGUGGCCCGCCACCCCCACCGCCUCCGCCUCCUCCCGGCCUACCUGGAGGUGGCCCGCCUCCUCCUCCCCCUCCUCCAGGCUGCGGCCCCCCUCCACCGCCGCCUAUGGGAGGGUUUAGUCUCAGCCAAAACGUGGAUAAGGCCCCACGGAAACCUACCGUCGAGCCAGCCUGUCCCAUGAAGCCUCUGUACUGGACUAGAAUACAGAUACAGGACAAUAACAACAACACACUAUGGGGUUCUCUGAAGGAGCCAAACAUCGUCAACGCCAAUGAGUUCGAGGAUCUCUUCUCUAAGGCCACGCUGCAGCCGAAGAAGAAGCCGCUGUCGGACACCUAUGAGAAGAAAACCAAAGCGAAAAAGAUUAUCAAGCUGCUCGACGGGAAGCGCUCGCAGGCGGUCGGCAUCCUCAUAUCCAGCCUGCAUCUAGAGAUGAAAGACAUCCAGCAAGCUGUGCUUAAUGUGGACCACUCUGUGGUGGAUUUGGAGACCAUUGAGGCUUUAUAUGAAAAUAGAGCCACCAGUGAAGAGAUGGACAGGAUUAUGAAACAUUAUGAGACUUCCAAAGAGGAUGAGGUCAAGCUGCUGGACAAACCUGAACAGUUUCUCUAUGAGCUCUCCCAGAUUCCAGACUUCGCAGGCCGAGCCCACUGUAUCAUCUUCCAGUCAGUGUUCCUCGACACCAUCUCCUCCAUACGUCGCAAGGUGGAGGUUAUCACCAAUGUCUGCAAAGAUCUGCUAGAGUGUAAGAGUUUGCGGGAUGUAAUGGGUCUAGUUCUGGCCUUUGGGAACUAUAUGAACGGAGGGAACAGGACAAGAGGACAGGCUGAUGGCUUUGGACUGGAGAUCCUCCCCAAGCUUAAGGACGUCAAGAGCAGGGACAAUCGUAUCAACCUGGUGGAUUAUGUGGUUAUAUACUACCUACGAAAUUUUGACAAGGCAAGUUGGUGUUACACUGCAAGCGUUUGCCCCUGUUUAGACUUCUGUUACUCAACACAACUCUCGUUUGUGUCCCGGUUCCAGCAUGCAGGUACAGAGAAGAGUGUGUUCCCGCUACCGGAACCUCAGGACUUCUUCCAGGCCGCUCAGGUCAAGUUUGAAGACCUCACCAAAGACACCAGAAAGCUGAAGAGAGAUCUGAGCGCUUGCGAGAAGAGCAUGCAGAAAGUGUGCAGUAACUCGUUGGACGAGCAUCUCCAGCCCUUUAAGAUGAAGAUGGAGCGCUUCAUCUCUGAAGCUCAAAAGGAGCAUUCUGCCGAAGAGGAGCGGCUCAGUGCAGCGCUGAAACGUUUCCAGGACACGGUGAGCUACUUUGGUGUCAAGCCAAAGUCCGGGGAGAAAGAAGUGACUCCGAACUUCAUCUUCAUGCUCUGGUACGAGUUCUGCAACGACUUCAAGAACACCUGGAUACGGCAGAGCAAGAACAUUUCCAAAGAGAGGCUCAAGGAAGCGCAAGAAAACAUCAAGAAGAUCACAGCGGAGAAGAGGGUCGAGACCAAGAAGAUCAAUGCCAACAGUCUGAAAGAGAGGCUGCGGCAGAAGGAGGCCGGCGUGUCCGCCAUCUGAGUGAGAUGACGAGUGACGGGGCAGAAGAAGAAGAGGAAGUGGGAGCUGGUGGCGGCUAUAGGGAAAGAUCCAUCCCUGCUGUAUCUACCACCUGCCUCUGCAACACCAGGCUACCCUCUCACAAUAAAACCUCAACGGACUCUUAACACUCCAACUGCCGUAUCCCUGCUAAUACUAACAGCACUGGACGUCCCGCCCCACCCAUUCUCUGCACCCCACCACCUUCACGUUGAGGCUUUCUGGUACAACCCCUGCAGCGAGGAUGCAUGGCUGACACAGCCCAAGUGAUGGGAGUCUUAGAGGCCAAAGGUUGACCUCAUUCAUCCAGCAUGGCGUGACCUCUGAGUGCCCAGCUUGUGAAAGGUCUCCAGGGUUCAGCGGGGCUCACAGCAGCGCCAGCUGACACAUCUACGAGGUUCCUCCCGGAUUCUCCAGAAGCCUGCUGAAGAUUUCUCAACUCAAUCGGACGGCACGUGCACCGAUAAACCGCUCCAGCAGCCGUCACUUGCCGUUGCACAAGCAGAUACGGGCUUCCUGGCAGCGUCUGCUGACAGGAAAGCCCCUGCUGACAAAACAGAACUCUCUCUCGAAGCGGUAAGAAAUAUAUACGUGUCCUUCGCUGUAGCAAAUAUCUUUUUAUUCGCCGUGGCUCAUUAAAAGUCUUGUAAAUAUGUCAUGUCAGAAGGACCGUCAGGGACCGCGCAGCUUUGAGGAACACGAUAAACGAGCGGCGCUGGGGGUUCGACGAAAACGCCUCGCGUAUAAAUUGUUUGAGUCGUGUGCCGGUCUAAGAAACGAGUGUUCGGAGGUUGUGGCUGUGUUUUGCGUUGCACUGCACCAGGCUGACCUCUCCUGGGUGUCGGCCAGAGGAGGGAAGAAGCUGGCAGCGAUUGUGGAGCCUCGGCCCCCUCCUCGCAGGUACACAAACUGCAUUUAAAAACAUCAACAGGUUUUGGCCAUCCACGCACGCACUCACUCUCCUACAGUUUAAAAAGAAAAAAAAAGUGGAAGUUAUUAGCCCUUCACUGAGUGCUGUACGUCAGCGUUGUCUCCAGCACACUUUUAAGCACUUUCCUGCUUGCGGUAGCUCUACGUUGUAGCUAUAAAACACACUCCCACCGUCAUGCUACAGUUUAUUUUCAGCCGUCUUGCACUUUUUUGCACCUUUUUUCCUAUGCAAGAGUUUCCCUCAUUGUAAGAUUUAUAAACUGUGUUGCUUCAUGGUUUUUGUUUUUAAGAAAGGGUAUCAAGAUUGUGUAAGAUUUAACCGCACUCCUGUAAAGUCUAUUUGUGUAGGGAGUUAUUUUAUGCCAAAAAAACAGAUCAAAAAAAAAACAUGAGCUGAAUUCUUAUUUUCACGGCUGUAUUUUUCUGAAUUGACUGAGAAGCUGCUCGACGGGUCAGUCAGACGAAAGCCGUAUUUUCAUGUUAAUUGUACGUUGCUCAGAUAUGUUGGAAUUGACCGCUCUGCUUAGUAACGAGGGUUGUAUUUUUGGAUAUUAACAAAUUUAAGAUUAUCACCUCAGGCCAUGUGAGUCAUUAUACCUCAGACAGACUUCCAUUAUCAAAUUAUCCAUAAAACUGCACCUUAAGCUUUCUGUUAACCCUCCAAAGUCUUUCACAUGUGCCAUUUAUUUUGUAUAAAAAAAAAUCUCAUAAAUAUUUCAAAACUGCUAUAUUUUACUUCAGAGGGUUUGAAAAAUAUAUAAACUGACACUGACCAAGGAAUUGUCCUAGCCUCUACUGUAUGUAUGUCGGUUCAUGUAACCUGCAGUAGCUCUUAUGUAGGUGCUCUGUAAUUUUAUGGAAUUGUUUUAAAUUUCAAGAAUAAACUACUGGAUGCCGAA